AUGAUAGCCCAACUCUCCGCCAUCAUCGCCCUGGUGCUCCUCAGCACUGCCUCCGCCACCUCCCCAAACUUCCGCAUCUUCGACAGCACCGCAUACACCAACACCUCCAUCGGCUACGCAACCUCCAACAUCAACUGGAUCCCAAACUACGUCUGCAGCCCCCUGGUGGAAGGAGGUGCGCUCCCCUCGGCGACCCAAUGGCAGGCCAUCGUCCUCGACUGGAACGUCCACCCGGGCUACCCCCUCGUGCUCGACUGCGAAAACGUCUAUCUCACCUCCGCGUCCACGGCAGACCGCAACCUCGAGGUGAUGAAGACGCUGCAGACGUGGGCGGCCGACGUCCUCCCCGAGGGCCAGAUCAUCGGCUGGUACGGCCUCUCGGGAAACACGGCGGCGUCGCUCUACCGGCACUACAGGAGCCUCAUUGCCAACCACAGCAAUCAUGCCUUUUUUCCCUCGGCGUACACCUUUUCCAGUAGCCUGGCCACGUGGAACACGUCGCUCAACGCCGUCAUUGGCAAGGUCAAGGCCAUUGACGCCUCGCUGCCCGUGUGGCCGUUUGUCUGGCCGCAGUACCACAACAGCCCCUACGACUUCUACCCGGUUGAUCUCUGGCAGAGCCAGCUCCAGGUGCUGGCUGGGAACAGGGACGUCGACGGCUUCGUGAUAUGGGGUGGCAAGAACCACCAGGUGUGUGGCGAUGCGUGCCAGGCAGUCGCGGGCAGGCAGCCGUGGCUGGGCACGACGAGGUCGUUUCUCAAGACACUAUACGGAGUAUAUGGUGGGCAGCCACAGCGAAGCGGCGGCCAGGUCUUUACCGGGGCAUGA